ACCGGACAAGAAAUGGAUUCGCAGGAGAGCGCGUGCGUGCGCCGAGCAGUAUAUAUAGACGUACGCGGGUGUCGCACUAGCUCGGGCAUCGACAGCGACGAUCGGCAGAAGGAGAAGAAGAGGAAGAACACCUGUUGGACGACCAUGUCGGAGAGGGGUGGCGGCGAGGGCUCGUCGUCGUCGCCGGGGAAGAAGGCCAGGAAGCCGUACACCAUCACCAGGCCUAGGGAGCGGUGGAGCCCCGAGGAGCACGAGCGCUUCCUCGACGCCCUACUCAGGUUCGGCCGCGACUGGAAGAAGAUCGAGGAGCACGUCCGCACCAAGACCGCGGUGCAGAUUCGCAGCCAUGCCCAGAAGUACUUCCUCAAGGUCCAGAGGCUCGGCCUCGCCGCCAGCCUGCCGCCACAGCACCUGAGCCGCAGACCAAGCAUGCCGUUCGGAAGCGGCUCGGUUGCGACGACGGUGCUCCACGGCCAUCCGCAGCAGUAUCCAGGUCCAGCCGGUGCUGUUCAGAGUCAGAGUCACACCACGGGCAGCGGGUGGAACAAUCCGGGACUCCUUCCACCAUCCAAUGACAUGCAGAUGCUGGACUGGGCAGGCACUUCUUCGGCCUGGGUGAACCAAGGAGGUGCAGGAAGCCGGACCAAUCCAGGUGGCAGCUCGUUCAUGGGCACACCGAGCUUCAGCGACACGACCAUGGACUGGGCUGGCACCGUCGGCGGCACAAGCGAAGCAUCGGCAAUGUCCGAUGCGCAGGACGACACGAUCCCACUUCCGCUCUCUCCAGACGAUAUGCACUUCGCGCAGGUGUACCGGUUCAUCGGCGACAUAUUCGACCCGACCACGCCUUGCCAGAUCGAAGCCCAUCUGCAGAAGCUCAAGGACAUGGACGGCAUCACCGUCAAGACGAUCUUGCUGGUGCUAAGGAAUCUGGAGACCAACCUGGCAGCUCCUCAAUUUGAGCCAAUCAGGAGGUUGCUGUCGAGGUAUGACCCGGCGCAAGGCUUGUCUGGCCAGUUAUAGAGCGUGCACGCAACCUGGAAACAAAACGGUAUCUAACAUGGGUGGCAAAAGAGAGACAAAAAUCCGAGCCUGCCUGGAGGACUGAAGAACUGAUUGGGAAGUUGGAAUAGAUACAUGGUCCG